CUUCCAUUCCAUUCAUAUAUGCCCCCAAAUUCAUCUGCAACUGCUCCAGAAAACACAGAUAAUUUGAGUGGAUGAUUAUUGAUUAGGAAACAGAAAGUUAUGCAUAUGCUUUCAUCAUCGCAUCGCACUCCCUCAAACAGUCAGCAUGCAAACUACCUGAUUGAUCUCCCUCGCAGUUUAUGAUACUUUGGCUUAGCUGUAUGGGCUGUUGCAUCAAUUAGGUUACGUGGGUCUUGCAGUUCGUGUGAGUGACCUUCACAGUGCAAAACCUUCAUGUCAUUGUUGAUUUCUUUUGCUUGAAAAGAUAUAUGUCUUUGUUGUUUGUUGAUGCGAAUGCUGGUGGUCAAAACUACCUGCACUUUAAAUUUCCGCAUCACGACACCACGUUACAUGACAAACCCAUUACAUUGUAGCUAGCUACCAAGCUCGUAGAAGACUGAAUACGUUACACCCUUUACACAAUAUAAUUAUUAUUCCUCCUUUCUAGUAGAGUGGUUAGAGCAGUUGCAGAAAAGGAAUGGAACCCUUUAUUCCUCCCUAUAUAUCAACAUUACCAAAUCCAACCCACCUGCAGGCUGCAGCCACCACCCCCAAACUCCCAAUAUUUAUCACUCAAUCCAUCCGUCAUAUAGCCAGAAAAACAAUGAAGGAGAAGGACUCCUCCUCUAAGCCCACGUGGCGCCCUCUCACGGCGAAAUCGUGCUGCGCGGUCAACGAAGGCGACACCCUGUUCUGCGGCAACUUCAGCCGGUGCCGGCCGUCACGGUCGGAAUUCUCGAAGAACGUGGCCCCGCUGCCGUCGUUCAGGAAGCUGUCGUUCUCCGACGUCAGCAGGUCGUCGUCGGUGAGGAUAGCGGAGGAUCUGGCCCAGUCGUUCGGGCCGGACCUCUACGACUUCCAGCUCAGCGAGCUGCGGGCCGUUACCCAGAACUUCUCGGCCCAUUUCUUGUUAGGGGAAGGCGGGUUCGGGCGGGUGCAUAAGGGGUACGUGGACGAGAGCUUGCGGCAUGGGCUUAAGGCCCAACCUGUUGCUGUGAAGCUCCUCGACAUUGAAGGCCUCCAAGGCCACCGUGAAUGGCUAGCAGAAGUGAUAUUUCUAGGGCAGCUUCGACACCCAAACUUGGUGAAGCUGAUAGGGUACUGCUGCGAGGAGGAAGACCGUCUGUUGGUCUACGAGUUCAUGCCCCGGGGCAGUUUGGAGAAUCAUUUGUUCAGAAGAUUAUCAAUGACGUUGCCAUGGGGAACAAGAUUGAAGAUAGCGAUCGGCGCAGCCAAGGGCUUGGCCUUCUUGCACGGUGCCGAAAGUCCGGUGAUCUAUCGCGACUUCAAAACCUCCAACGUCCUUCUUGACUCCGAUUUCACGGCGAAGCUGUCAGAUUUUGGGCUGGCGACGAUGGGCCCAGAAGGAUCAAAAUCCCACGUCACCACCCGGGUGAUGGGAACCUACGGCUACGCAGCGCCCGAGUACGUCUCCACGGGCCACUUGACGACCAAGAGCGACGUCUACAGCUUCGGCGUCGUUUUGCUGGAGCUGCUCACGGGGAGGCGGGCCAUGGACAAGUCGAGGCCCAAGCCCGAGCUGAACUUGAUCGACUGGGCCAAGCCAUACCUCAGCGGAGGGAGCAGCAGGCGGCUCCGCUACAUCGUGGACCCGAGAUUUGCCGGGCAGUACUCGGUGAAAGGGGCCAGGCUGCUGGCCCAUCUGGCGGCCCAGUGCGUGAGCUUGAACCCAAAGGACAGGCCCAAAAUGCCGGCCGUCGUCGAUGCUCUCGUAGCUCUCCAGCAGUACGGCGACAUGGCUGUGAGCUGCGGUCAGUGGCCGCCGUCGGCCAAGUCUUCCUCCAGGUUUGGGGCUUCCCCUAAUACCAAAGGUAGGAGGAUGGUCGACGGCAGCCGAGGUUCUGGCUACCGGAAAUCGGCUCCGGCCGCCGCCACGGCGAAGAAGGUGUAGCAAGGGCUGGUUUUGGGUUCGAGGGGAGUGGUGUCAAAGUGUAAAUUAUGGUACUUAAUUUGUGUCUUAGUUCUUGCGUGAUCCUCCUACUUCUGCUUUGUAAAUAUGUAUGGAGGUACUUAUUUGUAUAUGUACGUGUAUGUGGCUUGUAUUUUGGGUUUUGGCAUUUCGAGUGCAAAUUAUGAUCAGCCAUAUAUCAUGAAAAUUUAGCAGUAAUGUUGGUUGAUCAAUUUAUUUUCUUGACCAACUUUUGCUUCAACUUUCUAGAGAUUUUAAGUAAAUAUAGUUUUACUAUUAUUACAAGUGGUCUUACUACCAUUAUAACUUAUAAGUGUGGUCUUGCUACCAUCUUAUGUAGGGGUGCAAUGGUUUGGGCUCGGUCCGAUCGGGAUGAAAUUCACGAGACUCGCGGUUCAAUAGUGAAAGACAUUUUAGGAUCAAAGACUGAACCAACAUUGUAUUCGUUGGUUUGGUCUAGUAUAUAAAUCAAUUCGGUACAUUUUCUCCAGUUUGAUAAAAUUUUCAAAACCAACGCCCGAAUCACAUGAUUUUGCGAUCCUAUAUGUCUCGAUCCAACCGUCAUUUUAAUCCGACCACAUAGUACAAACCAAAAUUUUGCAUACCGUUAAGUUUAGGAAGUUUUGUGAUGGUUAUAACUUAUAAGUCAUGUUCUACUUUGUGAGAUUUAGGGAUGGCAAUGGGUCGGGUUGGGGCGGGUUUUGUCAAACCCAAACCCAAGCCCAUGGGUUUAUCCGCCAAAAAAAUUCGGGGUAAAACCCGUUGGGUUUGAAAAACUCAAACCCAACCCGCUGGGUAUCCGCGAGUUCAUGUACCCGUGGGUUUUUGUGGUAAAAAAUUUACAAUAACAAGUUUCUUUCAAAAUAAAAGUUUAACAUCAAU